CAGCAGCGGAACAAAAGCAUUUAGCUGCGUCCCCACAUCAGUACCGCAGCCGCUCUUAUUCUUUAUUAUACAAGGACAAUUUGGCUUUUGUUAAACGCUUGGAGUUAUGGCUGGGGCUAUGGGGAGGCUUUCUGUAAGGAGGCAGUUGUGAAUUGUGCGUCUUUUUCCACCAGUGCCUCUGGAUGUAUUGAUGGCAAGUGUUUGGGCAAGGGAUGCAGCCGCGUGACUGACUUUUAUACUUUGAAGCGGAGCGAGGACGCUUGUACAUUUUAUUUUAUUUUCAGUUUGUUUUCCGUUAUCUGAAUAUUCUUCACUUUGGCAUAAUUUGUGGAAACUUUCAUUGAAACGAAAUCUGAAGAGGCAUGGGAAGUGAUAAAGAAAAUACACCUGAUAUGUUAUCCUGGGUCUUCAGAGCGAGUCAUGCCAUCAUUUUUCUUGUACUUAUCGGUCUGGGCAAAGGCUCCCAUUAUGGCGACAACAGCUCUCAGGUGGUUUCCAUGGCAAGGCACAUGGGGCAGCAAUAUAAGGAAUCGCAGUGUCACCUCUUGCUCAGUGACCUCCGCAACGGGGCGAGGGUCAUUGUGCAUUUGCCUCCCGACAUCGAGGGCCAUUGGGUCUCCACAAGCUGUGAAGUGAGACCAGGCCCAGAAUUCAUCACCAGAUCCUACAAGUUCUACCGGAACAGUAAUUUCGAGGCCCGUCAGUUUUACUACAGAGACAAUCACUGCACGUCGCCGGUUUACACGCUGGUGAUCCGCGGCCAAAUACAGCUGCGACAGGCCUCCUGGAUCAUCCGUGGUGCCACCGAGGCCGAGUACCUGAUUCAGCACAUCCAGGCUGUGUGUCACAGCCAGACGAAGGCAGCCCAGCUUAAAGAAGGCCUCAACUGCACCUGCCAGGGUCCGCAGAGGUCCUGGGAGCCCGGCGUGGGCUACGAGCUGCUGAACGAGCAGACCGGCUGCGACUGCUCACUUGGUCUCAAUCUCACCAUGCAUGAGCUGCAGCUCCUGCGCUUGGAGAAAGUGUAUCUUCACCACGGCCAUGUGGUGGAGCAGCUCUUUCUGGGGGAUGUGCAUACGGACCCUGCCCAGAGGAUGUAUCACCGGCCCUCUAGCUACCAGGCAGCUCUUCAGAACGCUAAGAACCACGAGCAGGCCUGCGUGGCAUGCCGCAUCAUUGCGCGGUCAGGGGAGCAGCGGCCACCCGUGCUGCCGCCGCGAGCCGACCUGGCGGUGGCGCUACAGGGCCAGUGGGCGAGCCUGCGCUGCGAGGUACGACCGCAGGGCCUCUUCCUCAAACGCCAUUUCAUCUUCCAUGACAACAGCCACACCUGGGAGGGCCACUACUACCACUACAUGGACCCUGGAUGCGAGCGGCCCACCUUCAGCCUCUACGCAAGGGGGCGCUAUACCCAUGGUUUGCAGUCGGAGAAGGUCAUGGGCGGCACUGAGUUUGUUUUCAAAGUGAACCACAUGAGGGUGAAGCCCAUGGACCUGUCCACGGUGUCCCUCCUGAACGUCUUCGACAGGAAUGAGUGUGGAGAAGAGGGCUCCUGGCAGCUGGGCGUGGAGCAGGACGUCACAGCCACAAAUGGCUGCGUAGCGCUGGGCAUCCGGCUGCCCCACACCGAGUACGAGCUCUUCCGCGUGGAGCAGGACGCCCGCGGACGCUUCCUCCUCUACAACGGCCAGCGGCCCAGUGACGGUUCCAGCCCAGACACGCCCCAGAAAAGAGCCACCUCCUAUCAGGAGCCCCUGGUCCGGUGUAGGGCCAGCAGCCCAGGGGGCCACGGAGAGGCUGGGGACCAGGUCCCAAGACGCAGUGGGGGCAGCGGGCGGUGGCUUGGCCUGGCAAACGUGGCUGUGACCCUACUUCUCACCCUCCUAACCCUACAGCCAUGUUGAUCUAAAAGGACCAAACGCACACGAACAUUUACACUUAUAUACAUGGAUAUGUUUCAUACUCGCAUGCGUUCAGGACAGGACAUCCAGGCAGCUACAGCUAGAAUUACCCCCCGGAGGAGGAACCGCACAUCAUCCCGUGGUCUAUACAUCUCCCAGUGACCAUGCGGAGAAACAUACGGCAGGACGCAGGCUGAAAGGGGAAAUGUGCUGCCUUUUGUCGUUCCCAUCCCACAAUACACCGGUUUCUUGUUCAUUAGUUAUGGUGGGGGGCUACUCAUAGUUGUUUUCCCUGUUUUGACCUUAGAAAAAUUUAAAAAAGAGUUUAGAACCCCAAAUUCCUAAUCACAGUCCAGUACUUCUGUAGUAGCUACGCUCCCCAGAAUGGCCGUGAAGCAGGGCUCACCCCGGACGGCACGGCCAAGCAAACCAUGUGACCCAGGGGUCAGAGGAAGAAACAAAGACUGUAAAGAUGGGGGUGAACACGGCCGGGGUGGUGUCAGGCACAGCACAGGGGCAAACGCAUACAAGAGGCACAAAACCGGGUCGUGGUGUUGGGGGGUGUUUACAGUGUAAUGCAGGAGGCAAAAUAAAACAGGGAAGAAAAGCAUCGUCCUCCUAGGCCCAUCCAUCCAGCAUCCAUCAGAGCCCAGAAACUCACUGCAAGAAUAGCAAGAUUCCCCAAAGAGAACAUGUUCCGUUAUAGACACUUUUAUAACUAGUAAGUGAAAGCUUACAUAUUUUGUAUGAUCAAAUAAUUUACUACAAGAACUUACACUCAUUGGCCACUUUAUUAGGUACACCUUGCUAGUACUGGGUUGGACCUCCCUUUUGCCUUCAGAACUGCCUUCAUUCUUCAUGACAUAAAUUCACCAAGGUGCCUGAACAUUCCUCAGAGACUCUGGUCCAUGUUGACAUGAUGGUGUCAUGCAGCUGCUGCAGAUUUGUCACCUGCACCUUCAUGAUGCCAAUCUCUCGUUCCACCACAUCCCAUAUGUGUUCUGUUGGAUCGAGAUCUGAUGACUGUGGAGGCUAUUUGAGUACAGUGAGCUCACUGUCAUGUUAAACAAACCAAUCUGUGAUGAUAUGAGAUUUGUGACAUUGUGUGUUAUCCUGCUGGAAGUAGCCAUUAGAAGCUGGGUACACUGUGGUCAUAAAGGGAUGGACUCAGGUAGACUGUGACAAUUAAACGAUGCUCAGUUGGUAUUAAGGGGCCCAAAGUGUGCCAAGAAAAUAGCCCCCACACCAUUACCCCACCAGCAGCCUGAAUUGUUGAUACAAGGCAGGAUGGAUCCACACUGUCAUCUUGUUUAUACCAAAUUCUAAACCUAACAUUUGUAUGUCACAGUAAAAAUCAAGACUCAUUUGGCGAGGCAACGUUUUUCCAGUCAUUGGUUGUCCAGUUCAGUGAGCCAGUGCCCACUGUAGCCUCAGCUUCCCAUUCGUAGCUGGCAGGAGAACCACUGCUGACUGGAUGUUGUUUGUUUUUCAGACCGUUCUCUGUAAACCCCAGAGAUGAUUGCGCAUGAAAAAUCCCAGUAGAUCAGCAGUUUUAUGAAUUCUCGUUCCAGCAUGUCUGACACCAACAGCCAGGCCAAAGUCACUUAGAUCACCUUUCUUCCCCAGUCUGGUGUUUGAUGUAAACAUUAACUGAAGGUCCUGACCUGUAUGAGGAUAUUGUGCUGCUGACAUAUGAUAGAUUAAAUAGAUUAAAUAGAUUAAAUGACGAUACUUUAUUGACCCCUGUGGGGAUGUUCUUGCUUGCCUACCCCAUCCUGCUCUCCAUGACUCACAGGCACAUAUGUAGGUGAGAUCCAGCUUGGCAGUGAAGGGCAACCACCCAUAGCGAUGCCCAUGGAGCUGGAAGUUAAGGGUCUUUGCUCAAGCACUCACAGAGGUGAGAAAUCUGCUGUGGCCGGAGCUUGAACCGGCAAACUUCCAGUCACAGGCACAGACGCUUAGCUCCCCGAGCCACACGCUGCCCUCAAAUAUUUGAAGCAGAUACUAUACAUGCGAUUAACAACAAGCAGCUGAACAGGUGAAUCUAAUAAAGUGGACAGCGAGUAUAGAUUCUUUGUACUCCUAAACAGGGACACACUAAGCUUAGAUAGAGCUCGUGGGAGUUUUACUUACACAAAAAUGCUGAAAGCAGAAUGAAAAAUUGGUUGAGAGAGAUGGCCAUUAAGAUUGUAGAAGAUGCGAGUCCAAGCAAGUAGAGGAGGCGGGAACAACCAAUCAGAUGUCUUGGUCCUGACUCUUCUACUUGCUUGGACCCACAUCCUCUACAAUCGGAUUGAUUAUCUCUCUGAACCAAUAAUUUCGUUCUGCCCUCAGAACAUUUUUGUGUAAGUAAAACUCCUAUGAGCUUAGAGUGAUGUUUUACAAAGGAACAAUAUCCCUUUAAGGCACGAGCAGUGUAGCUGCCGUACUGAAAGUCUUUGCGAGCUGCCAAACACUUUUUAAAGGGAGGGGCUGUUUUAUUGGCAGGCUGCAGGCAUUCUUACAGCCGAUAACGAGGCAGAGGGGGACAGCCUUGCCCUAAACCAAUGGAAAACAUCUUGCAAUCGCAUUUUCUAUCUUCUUAUGGGGCAGCUGGUAGGUGCUGGGAGCCACUUCUGGAAAGUUAACAGCAGUUUGAAGCCUAACAACUACAGCUGUUAAAAUCAGAGAGAACAGGGGAGAGAUUAAAGUAUUUACUGCCACUUUCAGAAUACAAGCUAGCAAAAGUAUGACAAGAGCAGCAUUGAGUGCAAGCAGUCUUCAGUGCCACAUCAAAACAUCAUGACAGCAGCUUCCAGAGUAAAGACGAUGAUUCCUGUAUAGCAGGCACAUUUCAAGCAAACAAGCAAUACAUGGCUUUUUAGAAUAGAAUAUCUUCAUUAUUAUAUGUAUCUAUUACGGCAUGGGAGAGAAGGGUUAGAAACCUUUGGGAGCAGCAGAAGUUGCAUUUUGACCUCCAACCACUAGGUGGAGUGACCAGAGUGCAGGAUCCUAGAGGACUUUUGGCCCCUCUAUGAAUAUUAUUCAUUUUAAUGGAAUCAUUCACUCCUUCUGUUUCAA